AUGAUCCAGUUUAGGGACCUUGAUGUGCCCACCUGCGUCCGACUGGCCGAGCUCCUGGCUCACCUGCAGGGGAAAGGUGAAGAGGCCUGCCGGGAGUUCUACCGGGCACUUCACCUGCAUGUGGAAGAGGUGUACUUCAGCCUACCCACGCGUCUCCGCCUCAGAGAUUCUAUAGACCCGUUCACGACUGCAGCCUCACCCACUCAGCAGAGAUAUGUGCUAAACGACAGAGGCCAUAUGUUCUUCCUGAGUUGUUUCAGUGUUGCAGUUGGGGUGGCUCUACUACAUUACUAUGGCGAGGCCAAAGUAACAAGGGGCAGCAGGGCUCUUGGCAUGGCUGCUCUUGGAUUGGGUCGACGAGCCCGAGAGGUUCUCAUAUGGUACACUGAAGACCCCAUCAGGAAGUAG